AUGAGCGCCAUCAACCCAGACGAUGUGCACGCGCACGCGGAGAGCAGAGCUUCUGCUGCUGCGCCUAAUGACGAAACGACCAACGACAUGAUGACCGCAACGACCGAUGACAAGAAACAAACCAUAGCACCUCUCAAACCACAAGACUCGAGAUCUCCCACGACCUCCUCUGCCAAUGGGCCCCCUCCUCUCCUUACGAAAGCACUCCAGUUCGCGGCAAACGCAACUCCAGGGAUACUGGGCGCCGUCUCUCUAGGCGUCUCAGCUGUGCUAUACGUUGCCAUGGGCCGCGUGGGACUGCUAUUGAUAGGCGCCUUUGCUGGAGUGCUGGGGUUCGUCACGCUCGAGGCGCGCCAUCCCGAAGUCGCGAAAGCUGUGCGAGGCGAAAAGGGACUCGAUGUGCUAGAGAGGCUACAAUUAUCGACGAACCACGCAAAGUCGGAAGAUGCGUCCCUAUUCGAAGACGACGAGCAGUACACCCUCAAAGCGCUCGACGAGUUUCGCCCCGAGACCCGCGAGGCCAUAGGGGGACUCAUAGACGCCGUCAUUCGAGAUUAUGUCAAGUGGUGGUACAAUCCCAUUGUCCCGUCCGAUCAUGCGUUCCCGCUUGCGUGCCGCAAGACUUUGACAUCCUACCUGCUGUCGAUUUCGAAUCACCUGUACCGAAAACGACCGGCCGACGCCUUCCUCGAUCUACUGACCAACGCAUCCUCGAUGCUCAUCGUCUUCAUGUCAGAGCUGGCCUCGGCCUUUGCGGACCUUGACGACUCGAACAUGUCUGCGGUGGAGGCCUUGUACAAUUACCGAGCUUCGAAUCCGGAUUGCAAUUUGAACAACCUCCUGAAUCAGCACCACCAGGCUACCAAGUUCAAGGCCGUGGCUGGGGAUCUCUUGGCUUUUCUGGACCGCAAGUCGCGGGACUGCGACCCGGCUCGUGUCUUUCUGCGCGAGAUUUUGGCCAACUCUGUUCUCGAGUCAGCACUGCAAACUUGCAGCAAGGCUGACUGGUUGAAUGGCUGGAUUGUUCACCUGCUCGAAGCUGGAGAACCAGACCUGAACCAGGCCAUUGACGUCGGCAUGCAGACAGGCCGAGAACCGACCCCGAACCUCUUUGCGGACAUGGAUGGAAACACGGGCAACAUGGCCAUCGCCAAGCCUGCGCGAAGCAGCACGGAUGGCGGUGCACGUCCCAAGGGCGCCGCUCAGAUGCAUAAGAAGAAGCUCAGCAAAGCCGAUGAGGAGAUGGAAGUCGCCGUGGAGGAGAUGAAGAAGCUCAAUAAACUGAUCAUCAAGGAGGAGACCGAGCGACGUGGACGUGCAGACACGAUCCGUACAUCAGCUGACAUUGGGACGAAGAGCAUAGACAACGAGCAUAUCACGCGAUCGGCUGGACUUGGCGGAUUGUCCCCAACGACUGUGCAGUCUGGAAGCAGAGAGACGCCUCUCGACGACUCGACGGAUGGCCUCUCGACGAAGAGUGAAGCAAUCCCAACACCCAUCACGCCACGAUCACCUGCUGGCAGCAACAGUGACAAGGCAUCGCCCAAGCAAGACACAGGGCGAUUCACCAGCUUCGAUCAGAUCCAACCACAUAGUCAGAUCAAGGAAGAGAUGGACGAGCCACAAAAGGUGCCGGCCAAGAAGGAGCCUCUGACGCUGCACAACGCUGCGUUCACAGUACACGAUGACACCAACGGCGAGCAAGGCAAGAUGCGCAACAAACCUCACUGGGACUACCUCAUCCAGGUCGAGCCAAGCUCCGCCCACUACCCUGGCUGGAUGAUUGUCAGGCGAUACUCUGAUUUCGAGACGCUCCACGAGAUCAUGCGGAGAAUCGCCAUGAUCUCCGGGGCAACAGCCUUCGCCGAACUGCACAGGGAACUCCCAGCAUGGAAGAUCCACACCCGCGAGUCACUGCGUGGCGAGCUCGAACGAUAUCUGCGCGACGCCUGCUGGUACUCCUCACUGGCCGAGAGCGAGGGUAUGAAACGCUUCCUUGAAAAGUCCCAGGGCCACACGCAUGGCGAGUCCAAAUCCUUCGGGUGGGACAUUGUGGGGAAGAACAUGCUCGACGUGCUCACGACGGCACCCAAAGGCGCCAUGGAAGGCGGCAAGACGCUCGUGGGCGGCGUCCAAGGUGUUUUUGGCAACUUUCCCGGUUUGAGCAGAAAGACGACUAGCCAGAGUGUCGACCUGACGUCCAGCGCCAGCUCGAACCGACUGUCCAUCUCCACGCCGCCCAGGAUGGAGACCAAGUCACCCGCUCGGUCCGACCGGGCCAGCAUGGAGAGCCAGCGCUCCUCCAUCGUCUCGACCCAACCUGGCAAGGUCGCGCCCAUGGAGCGUCGUCCCAGCUACCAGUCGCAGCUCGGUGACGAGGGCGACUACUUCAGACAGUCCCGCAUGGACUCGCUCUCCGGUCCCGGGAGCGCCCGCGCCAGCAGAGAGCAUAGUAGAGCCUCGAGCUUGGCGCCGCUGCGAUCUCCGUCGACCAUGAGUCUCGGCGACCUGAGGCUUCCCCCACACCCAGACGAGAUUGCGGACGACUACACCGGUUCCCCGUAUGCCAGCGAGCACGCGCACACACGCACCGGCAGCACGCAGCUAUACCCCGAGUCUCGAUCGUCAUUGCAGUCGCCCAACACGGCCACAUCGCCGGGGGUGCCGCCCAGCGGCAAGAAGGUGGCAGCGAACAAGCUGGCGCGGCAGUUCUCCCAACUGUCCGAGGGCGAGACGCGCGUGGCGGUCGAGCUCCUGUUCGCCGUCAUCAACGAGAUGUACACCCUGUCGUCGGCGUGGAACAUUCGGCGCACCCUCCUCGCGGCAGCCAAGUCCUUUCUGCUUCGCCCGGGCAACCCCUCGCUCCUGACGGUCCAGAAUCUCAUCCAGACCACCGUCCUAGACACGGUGUCUUCCGACGCGGGGAUCGCGGAGCAGCUGCGCAAGCUGCGCGAGAACACCAUGCCCACAGAGGAGGAGCGCGCCCACUGGCCUGCUCCCUUGACGUCCGAGGAGAGCGAGAAGCUGCGGGUGCGCGCGCGGCAGCUGCUCAUCCGCAGCGGCGUGCCGGCGGCCUUGAUGGGGGUCAUGGGCCAAGCAGCCACCAGCGAGGCUCUGGGUCGUGUCUUUGACUGCCUGCAGAUCGAGGAAGUGGCUCGUGGUCUCGUGUUUGGCAUACUUUUACAGCUCGUGGGCGUUGUCACGGGGUGA